CUUCUUUCUCCACUUGCAUGUGCCCAUACGGCGACUCCAUGGCUCCCUUGACGUCAGUUCAUCAUUUUGCUCAAGACACUAUGGCUCACAAAGAAACUCCUACACCCAUUCACUCUCAACCCAGGUCUUCGGAGGAAGAAUCACCCUCAGAAUGCACUGAAGAUGAUAUUUCAGACGAGGAUGACGAUAUGACCCCUGUAAAAAACGAAAGUUCAGAGCAUCCCAACGGUUUGUUUCUCAACUUUUCAUCCAACCUGACCGAACAAUCUUUUGGCAAGAAGAAGACAAAAAGUAAACGACAAAACGCAUAUAAAGUAAAUGGCAUCAAUAUCUUGAACAGAAAUAAUCUUGAUAGUAAGACUGCCAUAGAACGAAUCCGGCGACGCCGAGAGAAUCAUAAUUAUGUCGAACGUCGCAGACGGGAUGUUAUAAACAAUACCAUCAUGGAUAUUGCCUCAGUGGUUCCUAAUGCUAUGACCAGUGGGCAAAAGCCAAACAAAGGGAACAUCUUACGACUUGCGCUGGAUUACAUUAAGCAACUUCAGACCGAGAAUCGGCAACUUCGACAACUGACUUCUUCGGAUGAUCGUAACAGUAUGAUUCCUUUGACACCACCAGCGAAUCAAGCACCAACUCCUACCACUGUCUCCACACCCCACCGAUCACCCGUGCAUUCGGACAUUGAUCAGCCAUCGCCUUUCCGACUGAAGCAUCAUGAUAUGAAUGUUUUUGCAGCAUCCGCUCCAAACUCGCCUAACUUCUCACGAACCUAUUCCCCACAAACUGUGUCGCUUCCCUCAUCGCCUAUACAUGGGUUGCCAUUGCAUGAUGAUAAUACUCUCCCGUCUCUUAGUCUUCCACCCGCCAGACCGUUUCCCAGUCGCUCUUUGCCACCUUACUCGCCUGGCCCUCAAACCCCAGUGUCUCCUCAUGCCAAUUUUCUAGUGCAGCAGCAACCUCCUGUAUUGCAUUAUAAUUUUGUUAAUCAGCCGCCACCAGCCACCGCUCCUCUCCCCGCACCGUCCGGUUUGCGGCCUAUAUUGCCCAUGCGACCAGGUCCUCCACAACGUCCAUUGAAUUAUGCGCAGAAUCGCAUGACAGGCUUGGAGAGACAGUAUGGAUCCGUAUGCCGCUAUUAGGGUUUCCCGAAUCGAAAAGCCUCGUUAAUGUACAUACACCCAGGCUGGCGGGCAAGAAAAAAAAAAGCUCUUCAGGCAAGCUGACACACACACAUCUUGCUGGAGGCUUUUUCAUACACAUACGUUAUUCAUAGCUUCUGCUGUCAAAUCAAAUUAUUUCAUUUCAUAUCUUUUCCAGUCAAAGCAUCACUUACACUAUUCUGUUGUUGUCUCGUGUUCCUCGGCACAGAGC